UGAUCACUACGAAGUGCGAACUCAAAGCUGAAGACAACAAACCAUGGGGAGCACAAGCACGAGCGCCACCUCGUCUUCCUCCUCCUCUGCUGCCAGCGGCCCCGGGGGCGGCGGCGGCGCACACGUGCUGCUCCUGCCGUACCCUGGCGCGCAGGGCCACACGAACCCGCUGCUCCAGUUUGGCCGCCGCCUCGCCUACCACGGCUUCCGCCCCACGCUCGUCACCUCCCGGUACGUACUCUCCACCACGCCGCCCCCAGGGGAGCCCUUCAGGGUGGCAGCCAUUUCCGACGGCUUCGACGGCGGCGGCGCGGCCGCGUGCCCCGACAUCGCUGAGUACUAUCGCCAGCUCGAGGCCGUGGGUUCGGAGACGCUGGCGGAGCUGAUCCGGACGGAGGCCGCCGAGGGCCGGCCCGUGCGCGUGGUGGUUUACGACCCGCACCUGCCGUGGGCGCGCUGGGUGGCGCAGGCGGCCGGGGUGCCGGCGGUGGCGUUCCUGUCGCAGCCGUGCUCCGUUGACGUCAUCUACGGGGAGGUGUGGGCGGGGCGGCUGCCGCUGCCCGUGGUGGACGGGAAGGAGCUGUUCGCGCGCGGGCUGCUGGGUGUCGACCUCGGGCCCGACGACGUGCCGCCGUUCGCGGCCAGGCCAGACUGGUGCCCCGUGUUCCUUCGGGCGACGGUGCGGCAGUUCGAGGGGCUGGAGGACGCCGACGACGUGCUCGUCAACUCAUUCCGCGACAUCGAACCCACGGAGGCAGAUUAUAUGUCCCUAACAUGGCGCGCGAAGACAAUAGGCCCAACGUUGCCAUCAUUUUACCUUGAUGAUGACCGCUUUCCGUUGAACAAGGCCUACGGAUUCAACCUCUUCAGCAGCAGCGACUCAUGUCUGCCUUGGCUUGACAAGCAGCGUCCGCGUUCUGUAGUUCUCGUAUCCUAUGGAACUGUUUCAGAUUACGACGAAAAUCAGCUAGAAGAGCUUGGCAACGGGCUGUACAGUUCUGGCAAACCAUUCAUUUGGGUUGUGAGGUCGAAUGAAGAACACAAGCUGUCGGAUGAGCUUCGCGACAAGUGCAAGGAGCGCGGCCUUGUUGUCUCUUGGUGCCCACAGCUCGAAGUUCUUGCACAUAAAGCUACAGGCUGUUUCUUCACGCACUGUGGAUGGAACUCGACACUAGAAGCGAUUGUUAAUGGCGUGCCAAUGGUGGCAGUACCACACUGGGCUGACCAGCCGACCAUAUCGAAAUACAUGGAGAGCGUGUGGGGCUUGGGUGUCAAGGUGCGCAAGGAUGAGAAAGGCUUGGUGACGAGAGACGAGGUGGCGAGGUGCAUCAAGGAUGUCAUGGAUGGGGAUAGAAAAGAUGAGUACAGGAUGAAUGCCAAUGUGUGGAUGAAAAAGGCCAAGGAAGCUGCACAGUACGGAGGGAGCUCGGACAAGAAUAUUGCUGAAUUCGUCGCCAAGUAUUCAUCAAGUUAGUUGUCAAACAGAUUUUUUGUGUAUCUACAAGAGCCUAUUUUCACGACCCAGAAUCUGCGUCAUAAGUUAGCAGCUUUACCGCUGCGCUCCCGCCUUUGAAACGUUGUCAUAAGUUAGUACUCCAAUAAAAAUUACACACACACAUAUAUAUAUAUAUAUAUAAUACUGUUAUGCACCCUUUGAAACGUUGUAAGCAUACAGAAUUGCAC